AAGGUGUUAGUAACAAUAAAUUCACAUUUAAAAUGGCGGUUUUAAGUAAAUUUAAAAGAUUUAACAUAAGAAUCGUAAACAAAGAGGACCGUGGAGGUUUCAGAACUGCCAACGCGAGACUAGUAAGGAAGCUACGGAACGCCUUACUAUUGAAUAGAAUCUUAAUGUCACUUGAAGACAAACGAGUGAAAAAACAAAUGACGUUGGAUGAACUUUAUGAGCAAUUAGCUGAGAGACUCUCAAGGAAAACUUCACUGGAAGAACGUGAGGAUGAAAGUGAGGAGGAAUCUGAUACUGAAUCUGAGUUGGAGGAUGAGGAGGAGGAGGAGGAGGAGGUUGUCACCCCGCAGAUGUGGCUUGAAUUGUUUAUGUUGGUGGCGUAUAUGGUAGUUGUGUUGGUUUUGGUGAAAUUCGAGUGAGGAGGAUGCGUCAAAAAUGCUGCUUUCGAAGCUGAUCCUAAUUAAAAAAAAUCAAAUUAGGCUUAUAGAAUUAAAAUAGUUAAGUAAAUUAGUAAUUAGAACUAAAAAUGAAAAUUAGUUUAUACUUAAUUAAAAAAAAACAAAGCUUAAUAGUUCACUUUUAUAUUAUUAUAAAAAUUUAAGUGAAUUUUCAUGUUCUUCAUUUAUAUUUAUAUGUAUUUAUACCACUCUAUAAUAGACUAAAACAACAUGAUUAAAAGAACGAUUUUCAAGCUUCAAUACCAUUAAUAAACCUUAUCAAAACGACACUAAAACAUAAUGCUUUAAGCCAUCCGGUAGUUCACUAGUUUAUUAAUGAAUAUCGUCGUGUGCAUUCACCUUCUAUAAAAAUCAACUGGCUCACGAUGAAUUGCCAAUCAAUCUUGCCAUCUUUUGAAGUUGACGUUGAAGCUGGACCAUUCGAAGACAUUGUGAAAUAUGAAGAAGAAGGCGAGAUCCAAGAAAACUUCAUGGGGGUGUCCAAGAGGAACCAAGUUGAGCCAAUGGGGUUCGUCAUUGAAAAUGAAAUAAAGAGGUGCAACAACAUGUACAACUUUCCAAAGAAUAGAAGAAGACCGAUAAGGAUUAUUACUCUGUUGAUCCUAUUUUAUGUUUUAAUUAUUGUUUUUGUUUUGGCGUAUUUGUUUAUUGGAUAUUUCGAGCAAAAGUAAAACAAAUUUAAUAUUAAAGUUUAUGGUUAUUGUUACAUUUAAUUAGUUUAGUUUUAAUUCAUUAAAAAUAUUUCUAAAA